GCCGAAGGGGAGGCGGUCCUCUUCUCCUGAGGGGGAGGCUGCGGCCUAGCCAAGAUGGCGACGUAUUUGACCCACCAGCAGAAAGUGAUGCGGCUCUACAAGCGAGCGCUGCGGCACCUGGAGUCUUGGUGCAUCUUCCGGGACAGGUAUCGCUACUUUGCCUGCUUGUUGAGAGCACGCUUUGACGAGCACAAGAAUGAAAAAGAUAUGGUGAAAGCAACCAAGCUGCUAAUGGCAGCAGAACAAGAAUUUUGGGAGAAACAGCAUCCUCAGCCGUACAUCUUUCCUGAUGCUCCGGAAGGCACGUCUUAUGAGAGAUAUGACUGCUACAAGGUACCUGAAUGGGUCCUAGAUUACUGGCAUCCUUCGGAGAAGGCGGUGUAUCCAGAUUACUUUGCCAAAAGAGAGCAGUGGAAGAAGCUGCAGAUGGAAAGCUGGGAUAAGGAGGUUCAGCAGCUUCUGGAAGAAACCCCACCAGGUGGACCUCUGACUGAAGCCCUGCCUCCAGCUCGCAAGGAGGGGCACCUGCCUCCUCUGUGGUGGAGUUAUGUAACUGCACCCCGUGAGCGCCCAACAUAAAAGCUUUCAAUGGAAAAAGUUUUCAUGAAGGGGGUAAGGCCCUCCCAAGCAGAAAGAACAUUAGCAUGGUGAACGAUAUUAAAUGGCUACAAUAAAGUGAAAUCUAUUGCAUGUAAAUGGG